AUGGAGGCGAGGACUCAGGGCAUUACUCUCUACGAUUUGAAUGACUACCGUCGGAAUGACCGUCUAGUACUCAGCGGCCUGACACACACAAAGUUGAGGAAGGAUCCUGAUCUGCGAGAGUGGCUUAUUCCAGCUACUUCCUCGAGCAGCUCAUCGGAGGGGACGGAUGAGGACAACAUGACUGACAUGUCAGAUGAAGAUAUCUGGUCGCAGGCAGGAAAGGAGGAAGAAGCAGGAGGCUCUAAAUGA